CAAAUCCUUCUCCUAUUACCAGGCACGAUGAUAGACAGUGGCGACAUGGUAGAAAUAUUCAAAUCGCCCCUUUCCAAGAUAUUCACUCUCAUCGCCUUGGAUCCACGAAGUGUUGGUCAGACGAAAAACAUACCUAUGCUCACCAGAGACUCGUGGACCGAUGCUGUGGACUUUAUCAAGGCGAUGGAUGCGCUUGGCAUCAAAGAGUUCCAUGUAUUCGCAGUGAGCGGUUCUUCCAUCCCGGCAGCGAAGCGUAUGGGUAUGAUGUGGCCGGAGAAGGUCAAGAGCCUCGUCUUCGCGGCAGCAUCUAGCCCCGACCCCCUGAAUGGAUCCAGGAAUCAUGGAAAGAACUAUUGGACACAUAUUUGCAUGCAACAAAUAUCGAGACAAUGGAGGAGUGCAUCAACGACUAUUAUCCUCUGGCUUAUGGCGAAUACCUUUCCGAAUCUAGGGUUGAUGACGUUGUCCGAUACUGGGAAACGCAAUAUUAUCCUGCCAACGGAGCACGAUUCUACGAUUGGGCCAUUCCGUUUUUACUGUGGCAACGCCUGGGCCCAGAAUUUCUUGAGCUUAUAAACCAGCCUGUUCUGAUUUUGAACGGCGAUUCCACUCUCGUUUCGUCCCCAGAGGAGGCUGAACUCCUUCGAUCUGGUCUUGUUAACGCCGCCGGUGGUGCAAAGCUUGUUAUUGUCGAGGAAGCACCGGACCAAUUCCACUUCAUCCCACAAUUUGCCGCCAUCCUUAUCAAGGAGAUGAUGAGUUUCUACUGUACUUUGCCCAAGUUUCAGGUCCGGAGCUUCACCAAUAAAGAAAGGGAUCAUCUGAAGAGAGCUCUGUUCGAAAUCGCCGACUUGCGUAAUGAUCCCGCGAUGAAAAGACGCGAUCCGCACCAAGCAGCAUCAUUCUCAUGUGUCUCUGCUGAAGUUAUCGAGACGCGCAAGAGAGCGUAUCAAGGUAUCGCUCAGAAGGAUGGCAAAGCAUUCUCGCCUUUCGGACCCAAGGGGGAGCUUCCUCGCAAGUUCUCGGAACGUCACCUGGGCGACAUCGCGGAGGCGGCCCAACGUAGCCGUGCUCGCUCAGAUUCUGGUCUUUGGGCGGGUGGCGUCGAGCAGGAGGAGGUGGAGAGCGACGAGGAAUCGGAUUCGCGCACGGCAACUGAAGGCCUUGGGAAGAAGCUUGCGAAGUUCCUCCGUAUUGGCCGAUCCCCCCGACCUCAAGCAUAGCAUAUAUAGGUGUCCCUCCAUUGGUAUCUCUUUCGCCAUACACGGCUUCUACACAUCUUAUACCGCAUUUAUGACUUCUUCUUUGUAAGGAUGUUGCAUCUGAACGAUAGUAUUUUAAUUUGAGACUAAGUACG